UAAGAAAGAAAGAAAAAAAAAAGGUGAACGAAGUUCCCUUGCGCACUCUUUCGCUGCAACUUCGAACUUCAAACUGAAGCAAAACCCUAACAAGAACCCAACCUACAAGGGUCAAUCUACUUACUCUCCUUCUCUGGAUUCUCGUCGACACAAGUGACUACCCACUAUAGAACCAGAAUUCUAGUGGGGACCCGAUUUCUCGGUACCUAGCCGGGGAUGUCGCCGGCGGCGGUGGAUAAGCGAUCUCCGCCGUCCUCUAAACUCCAAAAGCCUCCUGUUGACGUAUUUUUCGGUUCCAAUGGUCAAGACAGUACGAAGGCAAGUGAUUCGAUUCAGUUCGAUUGCAGCAAUAGUGGUUUCUCCUCCCGGGAGGGGUUUGUGGCAUCGGGUCGGUGUCGUCCUAGGCUGGUGAAACUGAGGAAAUCGUCGCACGCGAGGCUGAGAAAUUUAUCAGGUGAGACGGGGUCGGGUUUAAAUCCAUUUCGAGCAACAAACGGUUCUCUAAACAGCGCUGGUAAUUGUGAAAAUGGUUUAUCAAAUGGUUUUAGUUGUAAUCAGAACGAGUCCUUUUUGUUUAGUGGCACUAUGGAAAAUGAGGGUAGAGUGGAGUCCGGGAAGUUUGAAAAUGCGGGUUUUGUGUUUGGAGCUAAACAGUGUGAGGUAGCUGUUAAUAAGGAUUGUGAGAGUUCGCAGACUAGUGGUGAAAUUUCUGGAUUUCCAGUUCCUGGUGAUAAGCAGAAGGCGAACGCAGAUAACCAAGGGGAUUUCCAGAAAGUUGAUGAUGUGGGGCUUGUUUUUGCUGCUACUGGCAAUGCUUCAGGGGUCAAACUAGAGGCUAAAGCUGAGAGUGGGGAGCGUGGUGGUUGGGGUUUGAAGUCUGGUGAUAAUGGAGAUGUUUCCACUUUCAAUUUGAAUUUCGAGGUGUCGCAUCAAAAUGUGGAAAAAAUCAGUUCUGGCGGGGUUGACUAUGUUUUUGGCGCUAACCAGAGGGAGUUUGCAUCGAGUUCAAAUUCCCGUAAGACUGAUUCCAUGACAACAGUGGGGGAUUCUGCUUUGAAUUUUGUUUUUGGUGCUAGCUGGUUCAAUUCAGAGUCAAAUUUGAAAGGGGAAGAACGAAAAUUGAGUGAGAACUCUAUUGGAUUAGCUUCUGAUGAUAAGGAGAAAGUAAAAGGGGAAAGUGAUGUGGGAUCUCACAUCUUGAGAGCUAGUGCUGUUCAAUGUAGUUCUAAUGGAACUUGCAGCUGGGAUGAAGGUCAUCCUGAUGGUAUUUUUGUAUUUGGCAGUGGCAGUAAGCAGCGGUUCAAUUCCGAAGAAGGCUUGUUACAGAAAUGCCCCAAUGAGAGUAAUUCUCAUGGUGUAAUUCUCGGAAAUGACAUUGACAUGACAAAGGCUCACAGUGGUAAUUUUGAAUCUAGUAUUAACAAUAAGUGUAAAGUUGAAUUUGACAGUAGUGAUAGUUUAACUAGUAAUCCAAGCUCAAUUGCUUUUUUUAAACUUGCUGAUGAAAUGAAAAAACUAAACAUCAAUGAUUCCAGCAAUGUCAACUGUGCUGACAGUAAGGAACCUUCUUCCUGUUCCAAAACUUCAUUUAUAUUUGAUAGCAAGAACGUGGCUUCAAGUAUUUAUAACAUUAAUACACCAGCUGCUUCUCAUAGUGAAAAUUCAGAAGGUUUCAAGAGUUUGGAUGGAGGAAAAUUCCCCCAAGGUGAAAGAGAUAAGGAUGAUAAACUGAAUGGAGAUGCUGCACCGUCAAUUCCCUCGCCUAUUGGUCUUGACUGUCAAUCUAAGGGCAGUGUUUCUGAAGCGAGUUCCGCAGAUGCAGUUGAAAGUAAAAAAGAUGAGGUUAGUUCUACUUGCAACCCAGAGGGAUUUGGGGCAACCUUUCCAGAUUUCGAAACCCCAAAAUGGGAUCCUUGUUCUUUAAAAGCAAGUUUAUUUUCUGAAGUAAUUACAAAAUUGCAAUCCAGUACAAAGAUUAGAUCACUGAGGGAUAGAAAAUCAAAGAAAAAGAGGGGAAAGUUGAAGCAACCUCACCAAUGUAAGCACCAACCAGAACAAGAUCCUUUGCCAAAAGAAGGCGAUGUGGAAGGAAAUCAGAACUCCCCAGGGUAUUCGCCCAUGGAUUUUUCUCCUUACAAGGAAAGCUUAGGGGCUGAGCAAUUUUCAAGGGAAGCCUCUUUGACAUCAAAAGGUUCCUCCAUGGUAGAAAAUAAUUGUGUGGAUUCUAUCUCCCCUUCAGCUUUUCCUGCUCAUCGAGAAAAUGAAGAUGAGGCCGUUGCAGAAAAUAAAUUAGAUAUUGAUGUAGGUAGUCAGAAAUGCGAGGAGCCAAGUGAGGGGGGUUUGGAUCAUCAUUCAGGAGGAUGUUGUGCCAGUGAUUGUGCUUCUGAAGAUUUUCUUUCUGAAGUUGAAACUAAGUACUCUAAUUCCACGCUUGAGCAAGCUUGCAAUAGCUGUGGUGCUGGUGUUAAGUCUUCUCAGGAUGGAUACAGCUUGAACAUGGAGGGGAAACAAGGAAACUGUGCAUUGCAGUUCUGUUUUGCUUCUGGUUUAUCAGAUAGAGACAAGAAAACCUAUUCCUUUUCUGCAUCUUCCUCUGUCAAAAGUAACUUAUCAGCAAGGAAGCAUCAGCGUAGAAAUAUGAAUAGGAGGAAAGUCCAUUCCAAACAAUUUGUUAGUACUCCAACUUCUGAUGACAAGUGUCAAGAAGGGAAUUUUUCGACUUCUCAAAGCAAUGAACAGAAUAAAUCUGAAGCGGAAGAAGGGUUGAAACAGAGAUUAGCCUCGACCACAGAAGCAAUUGAGAAAGCCUGUGAUGCUUGGCGACUCAGGGGAAACCAGGCAUAUGAAAAUGGGGAUUUGUCUAUAGCUGAGAAUUUCUACACGUAUGGAAUAAUUUCAGUCCCUUCUAAUGAGACGUUAGAAUGUCGCAUUGAGCCUCUAGUGCUCUGUUAUAGUAAUCGUGCUGCUACACGGAUAUCUCUUGGAAGGAUUAGGGAAGCUUUGAGGGACUGCAUGAUGGCUAUGUCACUGGAUCCGAAUUUUACCAAAGUCCAAAUGAGAGCAGCAAAUUGCCAUCUUGUGCUGGGAGAAGUUGAAGAUGCAUUGCUCUUUUUUGGUAAGUGUUUGGAAUCAGGAGCUGAAGUAUGCUUGGAUCGGAGAAUCACAAUAGAAGCUGCUGAUGGCCUCCAAAAGGCACAGAAAGUGGCCGAGUUUACAGAUCGGGCUGCUGAGCUCUUGAAACAAAGGACAUCGGAUGCAGCCGCAACUGCUUUAGAUAUAAUCUCUGAGGCAUUAUCAAUUAGUCAAUACUCGGAAAAGUUACUUGAAAUGAAAGCGGAGUCUCUGUGUCUGUUACGGAAGUAUGAAGAGGUGAUUCAGCUAUGCGAGCAGACUCUUCAUGUUGCUGAAAAGCAUUUUGUGUCUGCUGGCAAUUUAGAACAGUCCACAAAUGUGGCUGGUUCAGGAUGUAAAAGCUACUCAGUUGCAAGGCUGUGGAGGUGGCAUUGGAUAUCAAAGGCCUACUUUUUCAUGGGAAGGUUUGAAAUGGCUAUCAAAUUACUUGCAAAGCUAGAAGAAGUUGGAUCCAUCAGAGAUGGGUCGAGGAGGAGUAAGAUUUUGGAAUCACUAUUUUCAUUAGCUGCCACCAUUCGUGAACUUUCAUGUCAUAAGCAAGCAGGGAAUGAAGCCUUUCAAUCAGGAAGAUAUACAGAAGCAGUGGAGCAAUAUACUGCUGCUUUAUCAAGCCAUGUUCAAUCACGCCCUUUUGCAGCAAUCUGCUUCUGCAACCGUGCUGCUGCACACCAAGCUUUGGACCAGAUUGCUGAUGCCAUUGCUGAUUCCAGUCUAGCCAUAGCCCUCGAUGAAAAUUACUCCAAGGCGGUUUCAAGAAGAGCCACCCUGCAUGAGAUGAUUAGAGACCAUGGACAAGCGGCUACUGAUCUCCGCAGAGUGAUAACCGUACUUAGAAAUCAACCUAAGGAAAAGGUUAUAGGAUCUGGUACAGCAGGUAAAUCGACUGGUAAAGUUAAAGAACUAAGGCAAGCUCAUCGCCGUCUGGUCUUGUUGGAAGAGGAGGCCAAAAAAGGAAUCCCAUUGGAUUUAUACCUCGUACUGGGAGUGAAACCGUCCAACACUGCAGCAGAUAUAAAGAAGGCUUAUAGGAAAGCAGCACUCCGACAUCACCCAGAUAAGGCUGGUCAGUUCCUGCCAAGAAGUGAGCUUGGAGAUGAGGGGUGGCUCUGGAAGGAAAUUGCCCAAGACAUUUACAAGGAUGCUGACAGACUUUUUAAGAUGAUUGGAGAAGCAUAUGCUGUACUUUCAGAUCCUGCUAAGCGGUCAGAAUAUGAUUUUGAAGAGGAAAGGAGAAAAGCUGCCAAGGAAAGCAAUAGAAGCAGCGUUUACAGAAAAACAUCUGAUGAUCAUGGCUUUCCAUUUGAGAGGAGUACCUACAGACGAAAUCGGCAUGAUAAUUGGAGGAACUAUGGGAAUUGACAUUAUCAGUGGUAAAAGUAUUUGCGAACUUGGAGUAUAUGCAAGUCAAUGCCAACUUCUAAGCAGCACAAAUCGCAUGAUGGAUGACUGAUCUGAUAGAAGUUGUCACAAGUCUGAUCAGAUAUUUUAGUAGGAUGGUCAGCUUUGCAGGUAUCAAGUCAGAAAUGUCUUUAAUUUAAAUUUUAAACUUUGAACAGCUUUAGCUUUAUGGGAACAUUGGAAGAAAAAUAGAUAUCUUUUCAUACGAUAAAUGAUAAAUCAUUGCGUUAAGAAUUCUUGUUGAAUUGUACCAUGCCGUUCAGCCAACACAAAUAAUGGAAGAGUCAGAAGAAGGGGUUUUUUUUGGCUCCUUCAACAUCAACAGAGAAGAAUCAGUACCAGGUGUAAAGUCAAAUGCCUGCUUCAAGCUUGCUGCUUUCUAGUUGUAGAUAAGGAAUGCGAAAUCGUUGUUUUUAGCUUCUCUUUCUAUCAUCAUCGACACCUGAUGCAGUUGCUGCUAAAAUAUGAUGCAUCCUGGGUUUGAGAGGAAGCUAUAGGUCAAGUUAAUCACUGGGUUACAUUAUUAUUGGGCUAUAUGUUUGCCUGUAAAGAAUAAAACAUAUAAAAUGAAAUAUUGGGGUGGCAUGGGUUUGUCUAUAUGGAGUAACCAAGCGUUGUAGAUUGUAUUUGAAUUGGUAAGUGAUUUUUUUAGAGGCUUGUUUGCCUUAUUUUGUUUUAUUGUUA